AUGGCGGGUGCACCUCAGGUGUCCCAAUGGGGCCUGGAUCCCCUUUUCUUUUCGCACCCUAAGCUCGCGAUCCGUGAGCUGGUCGGGGGUGAGGACGUAUGGGUCCCCGCGCCGGAAGGGAACGGAGCGGUGCACCUGUAUCGGGGAAGGCCGGUUCGGCGGUGUGAGAUGAUGGGUUGCGUCGUCUCGUUGAACCCAAAGCCGGGCAAGACGGUGUUCACGCUCGACGACGGCACGGGUUGCGUGGAGUGCGUGGUGUGGAUGGGCAUGGACGAGACCGGGACCGCGGGAGGCGGCGGGACGGACGGAACUGUGGGCGCCGACGCGUUCGGGGUGGACCCGGACGGACUGCGGGUCGGGGCGCUGGUGCGGAUACAGGGGAGGAUGACCAUGUACCGGGCGAAGUGGCAGCUGGCGGUGAACGCCCUACAGUGCUGCAAAGAUCCGAACGAGGAGAUUCUGUUCUGGGUCGAUUGGGUAAGGGCGGGCGAGGACAUAGAGGCUGGGCGAGUAGCGCCCCGGACGGACCCAGGCAAAAACGAGCAACAGUAG